AUGGAUCUUACUCAGGGACGGUUGACAUUCAGGGAUGUGGCCAUAGAAUUCUCUCUGGAGGAGUGGAAAUGCCUGGAUCCUGCUCAGAGGGCUUUAUACAAGGCAGUGAUGUUGGAGAACUACAGCAACCUGGUCUCCCUGGGAAUUUCUCCUUUUGACUUGAGUAUUAUCUCCACGUUGGAGCAAGGGAAAGAGCCCUGGACUGUGGAGAGCCAGGUGCAAAUAGCAAGAAAAUCAGAUGGAUGGAAAUGGAUCAAAGCAGCGAUCACAGAUCUCUCUCCUGAAUUUGUAAUAAAAGAUAUACCACCAAAAGAGAAGAGCAAUGCAGGAGAAGUAUUCCAAACAGUGACAUUGGAAAGACCUGAAAGCCAUGACAUUGAAGACUUUUCCUUUAGGGAAGUCCAGAAAAAUAUACAUGACUUUGAAUGUCAAUGGGGAGAUGAUGAAAGAAGUUACAAAGCAGAGCUUAUGACCCAGAAAGAAAAUCUCACUGGUAGAGGAGAUCAACAUGAUGGCAGGGAUGCAGGAAACAAGCUUAUUAAAAGUCAGUGUGGAGUAAUCUUUAAGUCACACGUGCCUCAACUGCAGCUACUUCAAAGUAAAAGGAAAGUUGACGAAUGUAAUCAAGUCAAGUCUAUCAACCAUGGUUCCUCAGUUUCACCACUUCUAGAAAUUCCUUCUAGUGGCAAAACCCACAUUUCUAAAAAAGAUGAAAAUCAUUUCAUGUUUUCUUCAUCACUCACAGAAGGACAAAAAGUAAACAAUGGUGGCAAACCUUACAAAUGUACUGAACGUGGCAAGGUGUUUACUGAAAAUUUACAUCUUACAUGUCAUCAGAGAAUUCAUACUGGAGAGAAACCUUACAAAUGUAAUGAGUGUGGCAAGGCCUUCGCUCGAACUUCACGGCUUGUAUAUCACAGGAGAACGCAUACCGGAGAAAAUCUUUACAAAUGUAAUGACUGUAGCAAGGUCUUCACUCGAGCUUCACAGCUUCUAUAUCACAGGAGAACGCAUACCGGAGAAAAACCUUACAAAUGUAAUCAGUGUGGCAAGGGCUUCACUCAACAUUCACACCUUGCAUGUCACAGGAGAACGCACACUGGAGAGAAACCUUACCAGUGUAAUGAGUGCGGCAAAGCCUUUAGUCUACGUUCAGGACUAACUCUCCACCAGGCAAUCCAUACUGGAGAAAAACCUUACAAAUGUAGUGAGUGUGGCAUGGUCUUCGCUCAAAAUAGAUACCUUGCACGUCAUAGGAGAAGGCAUACUGGAGAAAACCUUUACAGAUGUAAUGAGUGUGGCAAGACCUUCACUCAAAGUUGGCACUUUCUUAGGCAUCAAAGUAUUCACGAUGGAGAGAAACCUUACAGGUGUGAUGAGUGUGGCAAAGCCUUUAGUCUUUAUUCAAGCCUGACUACCCAUCAGAUGAUCCAUACUGGAGAGAAACCUUACAGAUGUAAUGAGUGUGACAAGUCCUUCACUCAACAUUCACAGCUUGCAUGUCACAGGAGAACGCACACUGGAGAAAAACCUUACAGAUGUAAUGAGUGUGGCAAAGCCUUCACUCGAAAUACAUACCUUGCACGUCACAGGAGAAGGCAUGCUGGAGAAAAACCUUACAGAUGUAAUGAGUGUGGCAAGGCCUUCUGUCAAAAUUGGGACCUUGGUAGGCAUCAAAGUAUUCACAAUGCAGAGAAACCUUACAAGUGUUAUCAAUGUGGCAAAGUCUUCACUAAAAAUGCAUGCCUUGCACGUCACAGGAGAACGCAUACUGGAGAAUGACCUAACAGAUGUAAUCAGUGUGGCAAGGCCUUCGCUCAACAGUCACGGCUUGUUAGUCAUCAAAGUAUUCACAGUGGAGAGAAACCUUACAAGUGUAAUGAGUGCGGAAAAAGCCUUUAGACUGCGUACAUUCCUAAGUGUGCAUCAGGCAGUCCAUAUUGUUGGGAAAUAGAGUUAAGAGACAUG